UGGCAAUUCCGUCUUGUAUUCCUUUAGAAGAGACAGCAUGGAGUUGGAGAGGAUUGUCAGUUCAGCCCUCCUUGCCUUUGUCCAGACACACCUCCCAGAGGCAGAUGUCAGUGGCUUGGAUGAAGUCAUCUUCUCCUAUGUGCUUGGGGUCCUGGAGGACCUGGGCCCCUCAGGCCCUUCAGAGGAGAACUUUGAUAUGGAUGCCUUCACAGAGAUGAUGGAGGCUUAUGUGCCUGGCUUUGGCCACAUCCCCAGGGCUAUGAUAGGGGACAUGAUGCAUAAGCUCUCAGUGCAGCUGAGCGAUGCUAGGAACAAAGAGAACCUGCACCCACAGAGCUCCUGUGUCCAAGGUCAGGUGCCCAUUUUUCCAGAGACCCCGAGGCAACCUGAGAAACUCAAAGAAGAGGCCAGGUCUCCUGCUGCCACUGGGGACACCCAAGAUGAGGCAGCUGGUACUGAGGAAAAACUUCUGCCGGGAGUCGAUGUGCUCUUGGAGGUAUUCCCUACCUGUUCUGUGGAGCAGGCCCAGUGGGCAUUGGCCAAAGCUCGGGGGGACUUGGAAGAAGCGGUGCAGAUGCUGGUAGAGAGGCCUCCAGGCUGGGAUGGCCCAGAUCAGGACUUGCCCAGGCGCCUCAGAGGCCCCCAAAAGGAUGAACUGAAGUCCUUCAUCCUUCAGAAGUACAUGAUGGUGGACAGUGCGGAGGAUCAGAAGAUUCACCGACCCAUGGCUCCCAAGGAGGCCCCCAAGAAGCUGAUCCGAUACAUUGACAACCAAGUAGUGAGCACCAAAGGGGAGCGAUUCAAAGAUGUCAGGAACCCUGAGGCUGAGGAGAUGAAGGCCACAUACAUCAACCUCAAGCCAGCCAGAAAGUACCGGUUCCACUGAGGCCCUGCUGGACCCUGCUGAGCCUUCCAGAUCCCAGAGGGAUGCAGAAACCGCCCGACCACCCCACUGCCCCUUCUCUAUGUCCUUGCUCUAGUUAAUGUAUUCUUGGAGCUGCCUUCAUGAACAGAGUAAAGGUGGUCCAAGGACGGCGUAAA